AUGCCCUUUGUCCUUUGUGUCACUGCUGCAGGUAGCUAUGCUGCAGGGGUUUCACGAAAUGAUGUUAAGUCAUAUGACGGCGAGUCUGAGGAAACGUCAAAGAUUGCUCCUCUAAAGCUCUAUGAAGCAGAAGCUAACUAUGUUAUUUCCAAACUGCCUCUAGUGGAUAGUUCUCCCGAAGUCCCAUCCUUAGCCAAGAGAGAUUUAAUAAGUGACAUUAACUCUGCCUUAGAUAUACUCCUUGCAUUUGUUCCAUCUCGUAUUUCGUCAGUUGUUGAAUUGAUUCCGGAUCUUGUGACUGCCCUCCUUGAGGCUAUUCUUAAUUGUGGUGGAUUGCUUGAUGAUUUGCUUACUACAAUUGAAAGCGUUAUUACUGACACACUUGAAGGUGCUUCAUCCUCUGUUCAGAAUGUUGGUACAAUUUUAGUAAGUCUCAUCAAUGCUGUUUUUGAUAGCGAUGAUGUUAAUGUUUUAGUAUACGUUAAUGAACUCGCCAAUGCCAUCAUAACUAUUGGUCUCACUGGUACAGCGGCAGAGUUAGCCACUGUUAACGAUCUUCUCACAAAUGUCAUCCAAGCUAUCGAAGACUUUGAUCAGACCUGUACAGCCACUACAGCUACUACGGCUACUACAGCUACUACAGCUACAGACACAACUGAUACUGGUACUGAUACUACUGGCACUGCUACUACCGAUACCGCAACCUCAACUUCGACAUCGACCAACCCAAUAACUGAGAUAAUCGAUGAAAUCAAUACUAUUCUUGAACCUAUUCUUGCACUUCUUCCAGAUAAUGUUUCCUCGGUUAUAGAAGUAAUUCCGGAGAUCGUGGAAGCCUUACUCAACGCUGUUCUCAAUUGUGGAGGAGUAAUCGAUGAUCUAUUAACAUUCCUCGGUACCGUGAUUGAUUCCGCAGUCGAAGGUGCUUCUGAUGUUGUCCAAAAUGUUGGAACGCUUCUUUCUGAACUUCUUACCGCCGUUGUCAAUAAUGAUACCGCUAGCAUCCUUUCGUAUGUUACCCAACUCGCAAAUGCAAUUGUCUCAGCAGCCGCAGAAACUACUACCGAUGAUCUUGAAGUUAUUGGUACGCUCUUGAACAAUGUCCUUCAGGCUAUUACAGACUUCGACCAGUCGUGCACAGUUCCAACCGAUACCGGCACGGCUACUACCGAUACUGGAACUGACACUGGCACUGAUACCGGCACUGAUACUGGUACUGGCACAACAGAUACUGAUACUGGUACAGGUACAACAGGUACAGGUACUGAUACAGGUACUGGCACAACAGGUACUAAUACUGAUACUGGUACCGGCACUGAUACUGAUACUGGUACAGGUACAACAGGUACAGGUACUGAUACAGGUACUGGCACAACAGGUACUAAUACUGAUACUGGUACUGGCACUGAUACCGGCACAACAGCUACGGGUACUGGUACAGGUACAGGCACAACAGGUACUGGCACUGAUACCGGCACUGAUACUGGUACCGGCACUGAUACUGGUACUGGCACAACAGGUACAGGUACUGAUACUGGUACCGGCACUGAUACUGGUACUGGCACAACAGGUACAGGUACUGAUACCGGCACAACUGGUACGGGUACUGAUACUGGCACAACAGGUACAGGCACAACAGGUACAGGUACUGAUACCGGUACAGGUACUGGCACAACAGGUACUGAUACUGAUACUGGUACUGGCACUGAUACUGGCACAACAGGUACUGGCACAACAGGUACAGGUACUGAUACCGGCACAACUGGUACGGGUACUGAUACUGGUACAGACACAACGGGUACUGAUACUGGUACAGACACAACUGGUACUGGUACAGGUACUGGCACAACAGGUACGGGUACUGAUACUGGUACAGACACAACGGGUACUGGUACAGGUACUGGCACAACAGGUACAGGUACUGAUACCGAUACAGGUACAGGCACAACAGGUACAGACACAACGGGUACUGGUACAGGUACUGGCACAACAGGUACAGGUACUGAUACCGGCACUGAUACCGGCACAACUGGUACUGGUACUGAUACUGGUACAGACACAACGGGUACUGGUACAGGUACUGAUACCGGUACUGAUACAGACACAACGGGUACUGGUACAGGUACUGAUACCGGUACUGAUACAGACACAACGGGUACUGGUACAGGUACUGAUACUGGUACUGGCACAACGGGUACUGGCACAACAGGUACAGGUACUGAUACUGGUACUGGUACAGGUACUGGUACUGGUACUGGUACAGGUACUGGUACUGGCACAACAGGUACAGGUACUGAUACUGGUACUGACACUGGUACAGGUACUGAUACUGGCACAACAGGUACUGGAACUGACAUCGAUCCAGAUACUGGUAAGACACAUAAUGGUAAGACAGGUACUGGCACAAAAGGUACUGGUUUCAUUACCAAAUCUGAAGAACCUGUCAAAACUACUACCCUUACUAUCACGUCUUGCAAGGAUCAUAAAUGUUCACAGUCAGUGGUUACCACUGGAGUCACCUGCUAUACUACCAAUGGUCCUCAAGGAACUACUAUAAUCACAACAUAUUGCCCAUUGACUGAUGUUCCUUCUAAGAAUGUUCCUCUUACCACCUUCGUUACCGUCACCUGCGUUGAAGAAGUUUGUAAAACGUCUACAGUUACAACUGGCCUUACCUCUUACAUUACUACUACUGGUGAGCAGGGAGAGGUGAGUACAGUUACAACUUUCUGUCCUACUGAGCAGUUGACAACUCCUGUUUCAGUAACUCCUGUCCCAAUAACCUCUGUCCCAGGUUCUUCAAUUGCUAGCCAAACUACAACUUUGACUACUUCUAAUAAUAUCCCAGAAUCAGUUACAUCCUCUAUCUCAACUUUUAAAGGAGCUGCUGCAGUUGCAAGAUAUGGCUCUCUUAUGGUUCUGCCGUUGUUUGUUGCUGUAAUCCUUUAA